UGUCUGAAAGCCGAUUUUUGUGCUGCUGCGCUAAACAAAAUUAAGUGCGAAAUAUUAUCAUGGAAUUGGCUGUUUUCGAGGACUGUCGAAAAUUAAUAGCGCUCUUUGUGCGUUUGGGAAAUAAUAGUUUCUCUUCAUUUUGUAAUCAGUGGAAAACUUUGCAAUUCCAACAUAUUUACUUUGCACAAACAUCACAUAUUGAAAUAAUACAAACGACCUCUGCGAUUAUGCACUGUGCAAAGCACGACAUAUGCAAUUCUGACGAGGAUGACAUAAAUAUAGAUCCACUUGUGGAGAAUAACACGAGAAACACUACAGCGCAACACUUUGCAGAUGAACGUAUGCGGAGAAGAAUCGGUUGUCUAUAUCUGCUAUAUGUAACUUACUUUAAACAACCUACAGAACGUUACGUUAAAAUUGAAUGCAAUCUAAAUACUUGGAAAUCAAUAAAAAACUUCAUAGACUCCUUGCCAUUAACUCCGGAUAUGGACGAACCUCGUUAUAUAUUUUGGAAACUAUUACAAGUCGGUGCAUUUUGUUUCACAGCUUUAAAUUAUUGUGUAGGCUUGGAGGAUUUUGUUGAUUACGAUAAUUUGAAUGAUGAAGAUAAUGUAGACUUUUGUCAGAAGAAUAAUAACAAAGGACUCGGACAGCAAUUACAAGAUUAUCCAGCAAUUCAACGCAUAUUACCCGCGUUAACAGUGCUUGAAGAUGGUUACAAUGAAAUGAAGGAAAUGUUAGUGAACACAAGUAGAAGUGGUAUGCAUAAGCAAUCCCUGCCAGCAACAACGAUUUUCAAAAGUAUGGAGGAGUGUUUUAAAAAUAUUCAGGCUAUAGUUGAAGAUGGUGAGGGAAAAGAAAGUACAAAACGAAAUUUGAAGCGUAAAAGUUUCACUAAUAAUCAAAAUGAAAAAGAAAGGGAACUAGUCAGUGGUGCAAGUGAGAGCUCUUCAAAGAAAAAUAAAACAGUUAGAAGAAUGUCUGCGCGAACAGUAUUCACCGAUGAAUUGCCAGACGAUUUAUUAGAUGAUCUGCAAGAGCAAGAAUCCAUAGUAAGCACGGAAGAUCAAGAUUUGUCUGAUGUUGAACAAUCAACUGAAGAAAAUGUGUCUGAUGAGACGAAUGCUCAUUUAACAGAAACUCAAGAAAAUGGUGAGCAAGAGGGUGAUGUCCAUGUAAAGAGUAAUGGAAAAGAAGUAAUUGAGCAGCAAUUAAAUGAACUAUUAGAAAUAGAACUAAACAAAGAAUGAAAAACGAUUUCAUCUAAUAAGGAUAACUAAUUAAGUUAAAUAAUCUUAAUUAAUGUCAAAUAUAUUGUAAGUAACAACAAAAACGUAAAAUAUAAGCGAAUUGAUGAAGAAA